AUGGGACCAAUUGGCCGUUAUCGUUUUGAUAAGAAACUCGAAGAGGGCAGGCACUUUCCAAUCUUGCAGGUUGCGAAGAAAAAAGACUUGGACAGCCUAAUUACUAAAGCGGUGAUGCAUGGCGGUGAUCUAAAAAUCACUACUCCUUCCGGCCUCACGAUUCUGCACUUCGCCGCCAUGAACAAAAUGCACGGGUUUGACAUCGUCAACUGGUUAGACGAUCCAGAUUUAUCGCGGAAAGAUGUUGACGGAGAGGAGCCCAUCCACUACGCAGUCAGAGUGAAAAACUACAAUUUCGCACUUUUGGUGCUCAACAUGAGAGAUCCGAUGGCACAUAAUUUGCUGCAAUUUUUUAUCAUGCAAAACGAUCUGAAAUUCGCCAAAGUAGUGAACGACGAGAUUGGCGAUAUCCAUUUUGUGACUGAAAAAGGUAAAACGAUUCUGCACUACGCAGCGCAGUACGCUGGAAGGGAAAUGUGUGAGUGGCUCGUCGAAAAGGGCCUGAACGUCGAGGCCAAGACUUAUGCAAGAAAGUAUUCGGUCCUUCACUUUACCGUACUCAACAACAGAACAUCUUUGGCCAACGCAAAUGCGGCUUUCUUCAUCGCUAAAAAUCCGAGCUUACUCAAUUAUCGCGACGCAUUUGAUCAAACACCACUCCACCGGGCACUUUACCACCAAGACAUUCCUCUUGCUACCUUUUUGCUGGACAAGGGCGCCUGCAUUUGGAUUAAAUGGAAAAGAAAUAAGAAUCUGCUGUAUUUCUGCGUCCAAAAGAGGAAAUUCGAAAGUGCUAAAUUCGUGCACGGCAUGAACAAUCAGUUGAUCAAAGAAGUGUGCGACGACGGAAUGACUGCCCUGCACAUCGCGGCGAGAAACCGAGACGAAAGGUUUUGCGAGUGGCUCGUUAAAAAUGGCGUCGACCCGAAAGCCUUGGACACAAAGAAUCGCUCGGCGCUACAUUAUCUUCAACUGAACGCCGUAGACAGCGAUGAUAUACAUAGACUGUGGGGCUUCUUGAAUGAAGCCAUAUAUGAUGAAUGA